AUGACUACCACAGCAGCACCACAGCUUAGACGUUCGAAACGCAAACAGGCCGAUGAAGCCGCCAAUCCAGUUCUGAAAACCACCAACGACGAUGCGCCAGCGCCGCCUAGGAAACGUGCGCGAAAGGCUGUCGCGUCUGCAACAGAGGAAAUGACAGUACGGCCCCGACAACACAACUAUACCUUACCCCCGUUCCUCGCGCUUCCGCGAGAGCUACGAGACGAAAUCUACAAGCACAUCCUAGACCAGGACAACUCAUCCAAACUCAAAUCUGGGUCGCGCAACAUAGUCACACGCUGCGGCCUCGUGGGAGUGAACAACCAAAUUUCCGAAGAAUUCCUCGAUGCAGUCCUCUUCCACGCUCCCGUCAUCACAGCUACAGUUCGCAACCACAACUUCGCACCCAUCGUCACGUUCCUCAAUCGCUUGUCCCAGGCACAGCUAAAGCGGCUGAGCAAACCUGGAGCUGAAGCACAUGAUGAUGUGAGAUCGAAGCGCAAGAUCAGGAUCAUUCUUUCUUACGCCGUGGGUGCCAAGGACAGUCGUGCGCAUCUUAAUCGCUGGUUGGAUAGGUUCGACAACCCUGAUAAGAGGGGUCAAGAGAUUGAGUUCGAGUACGGCAAUGACGGGACGUACCAGAACGGAGGUUACAAGCAAAGGCCUAGGUUACGGGAAAAGGCAAGUAAGAGAUGGAAUGAGGAGGCGUCCAAGAUUGGGAAAGCUGCUGGUAGAAGGUAUGGUAGCUACUGGUAG